UCAUCAGGCUGCGCGCGCCCUGCCGCCGGAAGUGGGCAGCAUGGCGGCUCUGGUAGCGCGGCUCUGCCGGGCCCCUGGAACUGCCGCCGGGCUCCGCUGCCUCCUCCGAGCCGGCUGCGCCCGCCCCGCCGCCGCGCUCGCUGUCCCGACCCACGGCGCCCCCGGAUCGCCGCUGGGCCUUGGGGGGGAGGCGGGGAGCGGGAGGCGGUCGCUGAGCUUCUCCGCUGCGGGGCUGGUGAGCUCGGCCCCCGGCCCCCUGCAGCCCUACCUGCGGCUCAUGAGGCUGGACAAGCCCAUCGGAACGUGGCUGUUGUAUUUGCCAUGCACAUGGAGUAUAGGCUUGGCAGCAGAGCCAGGCUGUUUUCCAGACUGGUAUAUGCUGUCACUCUUUGGUACUGGAGCGGUCCUGAUGCGUGGAGCAGGCUGUACAAUUAAUGACAUGUGGGAUCGGGACUAUGACAAAAAGGUUUUAAGAACAGCAAGUCGACCAAUAGCUGUUGGAGAUAUCUCAACUUUUCAGUCCUUCGUUUUUCUUGGGGGACAGCUUAGCUUGGCUUUGUGUGUCCUUCUGUGUCUAAAUUACUAUAGUAUUGCCCUAGGAGCAGCCUCUCUGUCUCUUGUGAUCACUUAUCCCCUGAUGAAGAGAAUCACGUACUGGCCACAGCUGGUUUUGGGACUUACAUUUAAUUGGGGAGCCUUACUUGGGUGGUCUGCCAUCAAAGGUUCAUGUGAUUGGUCGGUGUGUUUGCCUCUGUACUUCUCUGGAGUUAUGUGGACAUUGAUAUAUGACACCAUCUAUGCACAUCAGGAUAAAAGAGAUGACCUGGUCAUUGGUGUGAAAUCAACAGCACUACGGUUCAAUGAAAACACAAAGCAGUGGCUCAGUGGCUUCAGUGUUGCAAUGCUCGCGGGUCUGAGUGUGGCAGGAAUAAACUGUGAUCAGACUUUCCUCUAUUACACAGCUGUGGCUGCCAUCGGUGCUCACUUAGCUCACCAGAUUUACACUUUGGACAUACACAAACCUGAAGACUGUUGGAAGAAAUUUACCUCUAACCGCACAAUCGGACUUCUACUUUUCAUAGGGAUUAUAACUGGAAAUUUAUGGAAAAGAAAAAAUCCCAAAGAAAUGAAUGCAAUCAGCACUGAUAUUUAGUCUUUAUUUUAAUAAAAAAAAACUAUAUUCAAAAGUAAAAGCAUCUUAUCUGCAACGGCUACUAGUUUUGCUUAAUUCAAAUACUUGGCCAAAGAGUCUGUUUUUAAGAAGAUACUUUAGCAAACAGAAUUAUUGUUAGUGUGUGCCUUGUAAAUACACUUUAAAGACUGAACUAGCAGUGGUCUUGACAACUAAGCUUCUCAGCUGCUUGUGGUGAUCUUUUCUUGUAAAAUCCCUGUCCUCCCUCUUGCAAGGAAUCUUUUGUAAAAGGUUGACUACUGCCCUGGUAGUCUGUAAAACUCUCAGUAGGUUUCUUAGAGUCAUGGUUCGUGUGAAAAUGUAGUCAUUUUGUAAUGUAAAAUAAAACCUGCUGUGUGAAGUUUU